CCUUUCACGCCCACUCACGAUGGACGUUGACUCUGACUCUGACAUCUCCCUUUUCGGGGACGAAGACCCGCGUGCCAAGGGUAAAGGUAAGGGAAAGGCAUCAGAAAGGCUGAGGAAGGGAAAAGCAAAAAGAAAGGCAAAGGAGCAAGCUUAUACAUGGGAGGCCUCAUAUACGCGCUCAUGGGAUACUGUUCAAGAAGACGAAACUGGGAGCUUGCAAGGGUCUGUGGAGGAUUUGAUGGCUAGGGGCCGACGAAGGAGACUCCUCGCACCUGCCUCUGCCAUACGACGCACGAUCAUCCGGCAUCUGGUCUUGAUUUUGGACCUUUCAAAUUCCAUGAUGGACCGUGAUUUUCGCCCCACGCGAUUUGACCUUGCGCUUCGCUACGCUCGGGAGUUUGUAGCGGAGUGGUUUGACCAGAACCCACUUGGACAAAUUGGUGUUGUUGGCAUGCGUUCUGGCCUUGGGGAGCGCGUCGGCGAAAUGUCAGGCAACCCUCAAGAUGUCCUCAGGUCGUUGAGUAACAGGGCAAAAUUGGAACCUGCUGGAGAACCAAGCCUGCAGAAUGCGAUAGAAAUGGCGAGAGGCAACAUGAGUCACCUACCGACACAGUCAUCUCGCGAAAUCCUUAUCAUCUAUGGCUCGCUAACUACUUGUGACCCUGGUAACAUUCACGAGACUUUAGAGGUCUGCGUCAAGAGUAGAAUUCGGAUAUCCAUCAUCGCCCUCGCAGCAGAGAUGAAAAUCUGCAGGGAACUAAGUGACAAGACAGGAGGGAAAUUUGGAGUGGCCAUGAAUGAGGGCCAUUUCAAGGACUUGUUGUUCGAAUUAGUUCCUCCUCCCGUUCAGCAAGCCACGAUCCGUAAUGCGGGCCGCGGAAGUGGAAAUCCACCCGCAGAUCUGAUGAUGAUGGGCUUUCCGACCCGUCUUCCAGACACGUCGACUCCGAGCCUUUGUGUUUGCCACUCGGACAUGAAGAGCGAGGGAUUUCUGUGUCCACGUUGUAUGGCGAAAGUGUGCGACGUACCGACUGAUUGCGAUAUCUGUGGCCUUAUGAUUGUGAGCUCACCCCAUCUGGCACGAAGCUACCACCACCUGUUCCCCGUCAAGCCGUACGAAGCGGUGACGUCACUCGACGACACGUCCCAGUCGGCCAGCGCUUGUCACGCAUGCGCUCGGCCGUUUCCAGCAGCACCUUCAAGUGGAGUUGUGACGGAGGGGAUCAGCCCGCUGGGCCGAUACCGCUGUCCAGAUUGCCACCACGACUUCUGCACUGAAUGCGAUGUUUUCGUACACGAUGUAGUUCACUGCUGUCCAGGCUGCGGCAAAUGAGCACCUUAUUACUCUGUACUUACAUGUAGAGGGACAAUUCAACAAAUUUCAU